AUGUUGGGCUCAUUGCCGAUUUUGCCCCUCCCGGCACCACCCUCCGAUGGCAAUCUGGGCCCACUUCCGCCAUCCCAAGUACAAGAUGAGCAUAUGCCAGAGGCUGAGGAUGACCAGAAUAAGUCGAAUUCCGCCCCUGCAUCAAUCGCCACACACACCAGAACAAUCGGAAUCAUACAUCCACCACCAGACAUCCGGUUGAUUGUGGACAAAACCGCCGGUUUUGUGGCAAAAAAUGGACCAGAAUUCGAAAAAAGAAUCAUCAUUAGCAAUGCAGCAAAUCCCAAAUUCAAUUUCUUGAAUGGUUCUGAUCCCUAUCAUGCUUACUACCAACAUCGCCUUUCAGAAUUCCGUUCCCAGAAUCAAAAUCCGGCAGUACAAUCCGACGUUCCGCCACCGGAAACCACCCCGUCCUCCGCUCCGGCGGACGGUGAUGCACCGGAGAAGACCGACCCAUCGGCAAAAUUUCGACCCGUUCGGAAAAUUCUUGACCCGCCGGAGGCUGAGCAGUACACAAUCCGGCUGCCGGAGGGGAUCACCGGGGAGGAAUUGGAUAUAAUCAAACUCACUGCCCAAUUUGUAGCAAGAAAUGGGAAAUCUUUUUUGACAGGAUUAACGAGUCGUGAAAAUAACAAUCCUCAGUUCCACUUUCUGAAGCCGACUCAUAGUAUGUUUAUGUUCUUUACAUCACUGGCGGAUGCCUACUCGAAAGUCCUAAUGCCGCCCAAAGGGUUGCCGGAAAAGCUAAAAAAAAGUGUUGCAGACAUGACCACGGUGCUUGAACGGGGGUUGCACCGCCUCGAAUGGGAGCAGUCUCAAGAACAGGCGAGACAGAAAGCCGAAGAUGAAAUCGAGCAAGAAAGAUUGUUAAUGUCCAUGAUCGAUUGGCAUGAUUUUGUAGUGGUGGAAACUAUUGAUUUUGCAGAUGAUGAGGAUGAUGACUUGCCGCCUCCGAUGACUCUCGAGGAGGUUAUAAGGAGGAGCAAGAUGGCAGCAGCGGUGGAGGAGGAGGAGGUGAUGGAGCCCGGGAAGGAAGUUGAAAUGGAAAUGGAUGAAGAGGAAGUACAACUUGUUCAAGAGGGCAUGCAGGCGGCAAGUUUGGAAGAGAAUGGUGAUGAUGGAAAUGGAAAUGGAAACGGAAAGGAGGUGCUUGCCGCCAGGGUGAGGGUGGUGGCGGAGGAAAACGAGCCGCCGAUGAGGAUCGUGAAGAACUGGAAGCGGCCGGAGGAUCGGAUUCCGGCGGAGCGGAAUCCGACUAAAUUCGUGGUUUCUCCGAUCACCGGAGAACUAAUUCCGGUUAGUGAGAUGUCGGAGCAUAUGCGAAUUUCUCUUAUUGAUCCGAAAUAUAAAGAACAAAAAGAGAGAAUGUUUGCAAAGAUUCGGGAGACAACACUUGCUCAAGAUGAUGAAAUUUCUAAAAAUAUUGUGGGGCUUGCCCGAACCCGCCCGGAUAUUUUCGGGACAACCGAGGAGGAGGUGUCAAACGCGGUCAAACAAGAGAUUGAGAAAAAGAAUGAUGAGCAGCCAAAACAAGUGAUUUGGGAUGGACACACCGGAAGUAUUGGCCGGACUGCAACUCAGGCCAUGUCCCAGAAUGCCGAUGAUCUACUUGAUGAUGGCCGGAAUCUUCCGGGUCCGGCUGCUCCUCCUCCACGCCCUGGUGUUCCCUCCGUUCGCCCGCUUCCUCCACCGCCUGGGCUUGCUUUGAAUAUGCCUCGUGUCCCCCCUGGUACGGUGCAGUACGCAGGUGUCCCACCGCCAGUGAGGCCGCCCACGAUGGUUAUGCCGCAAAGACAGGUGCCGCCUCCGCCCGCGAUGCAAAUGAGUUAUGGUCAGCAGGGUUAUAUGAAUCGGCCGCCGCUUCCGGUUAAUCCGGCUAGUAUUCCGGUGCCACUGCCACCGGGAUCUCAGUUUACGCCACUGCCACCGCGUCCUUUUAUGACCCAACAUGGGAUGGUUAUGGCUCCUCCGCCGCCUAUGCCUCAUGGAAUUCUGCCGCCGCCGCCACCGGAGGAAGCUCCUCCUCCACUUCCUGAAGAACCUGAGCCGAAGAAGCAAAGGCUUGAUGAUUCUUUUCUUGUCCCUGAGGAUCAGUUCUUGGCUCAACAUCCGGGACCUAUUCGUAUUGCUGUAUCGGUGCCAAAUCUUGAUGAAGGAAAUCUAAAAGGACAAAUACUUGAGAUAACGAUUCAGUCAUUAUCGGAGACAGUUGGGAGUUUGAAAGAGAAAAUUGCUGGAGACAUUCAGCUGCCAGCAAACAAACAGAAACUGAGCGGGAAGGCCGGGUUUUUGAAGGACAAUUUGUCUCUUGCGUAUUACAAUGUUGGUGGAGGCGAAAUGCUUUCUCUGUCUUUAAGAGAACGUGGUGGUCGGAAAAGGUAAUUGCUAGUUCCGAAGCACGUCGGACUGGAGUCGGCUAUUACCAACAAAUAUGUAAAAGAUUGCAUUUUGCUCGAUCAAAUUUAGUGAAAUAUUUGUCCAUCUACUGUUAAAGUUUUAGUAAGGAUUAUAGAGACUCUGCUAGUUAUACCUAAUUCCCCCCUGCUAUUUUGGUUAACAGUAUUUUUUUUUUUUUCAUUUUUUUUCAAGUGAUGUUUGAAAAAUGACCUUGAUUUGGAUGAAACGUUGAUGUUUAUUUUGGGUUGAGUGGUUUAUGAGACAAUGGU